AUGCGCCCGCCGAUUGCCCCGCGGGAAGCAUUUUCGUUUUGUCCAGUGCUCCUCGUUGCGCUAUGUACGGCACGAGCCUGUCCUUCGUUUCCCCACCCCCCCGCGAAGCUAGCUGCCCUUGCAUUUAGCUACGGACCAGAUUCUAAUCCCGCUUCAUAGUGGCUGGCGUAGCCUAUUCCAAUGAUGGCCACUUGCUACAGCAAUUUCCCGAAAUAUGGGUGGGUGGCUUCGUUUGGCAUCGAGCCAACGACAAGGAAGGACAUGGGCUAGUACUCCCCUGGCCGUUAUAGUCCCAGAAAUCUGGGAGCCAAAGGAACGUGGGCUCGAGGACCAGGGACCACUCCCUAUCCUGCUGCUUGCGCUCGGAAUCAGAUUAGCAUCGCAGAAUAAUAGGAACGGUACUUUGUACUUAUCUUAGUAGUACGAAAUUGUUUGGAACGGCUUCAGCAAGUGUUUGUGAUUUCCAGAAUAUAUCAUCAAGGUCUCAUCGCCAGGAGUUAGCAGCGUUUCAGAUUGAACUAGUAGUUUGCAGCAUCCACCCCCCCCCCAAAUUGAACUUCCACUGUCUUAGUCAAUAUGAGCGUGCAGACGUCUUUACCAGACGAAGCAGCGCUUAGCGCGGAUGAAGCCUCGGGCGACAACCCUGUGAACGUACUGUCGAUGAUGGAGGUCGACGAGGGAGACAACAGCGACGACGGCGACGACGACGGCGACGACGGCGACGUGGACGGCGACGGCGAGGAGAUUCUACUAGUAGAGGCCGACGAGCCAGCAGGGCCCGGCGACGGCGGCGCCAGCGGCAACGACGCCGAAGGUCGAUCCAAACAGUCAGGCGAGUCGCCGUCACAGCGAAGCUCUCGGCGAAGCUUACAGCAAAGCCUACGGCGCUCGGGCCCUCUCAAAAGUCCCCAGAGGAGCCCUACCCGUACUGCUAUUGCUGUCACCGCCGAGGCAAGCCCGUGUUCAAGACAGGCUGGAAGUUCCAGUUGGCGCCAACCAGCGAAACAGGCUGACCGGCUGGAUUUGGAGCCUCAUAGGCCGGCCGGUUUCAGUGAGCGUCGUCAACUUGAAGCGUCCGUGGCCGCCAGAGACCCUCCGUCAGGCACGGCGGGAGUGGCGGGAGUGGGUACUAUUGCGGGUGCGGCGACGGAGGCGACUACGGUGGCGGCGGCGGCGGCGGCGAGACAGCCACCAAUGUCCGCGCGGCGCGCGGCGAGGCAGCGGCUGGCGCUGCUGAAGCGGCGGAUACCGCGCGACGGGUACAUGUGGCUCAAGUACGGGCAGAAGCAGCUCACCGGCGGCACUCACGGAAGGCACUACUACCGCUGUAGUCACUUCCGGCAGCCGAGCGAGUGUCGCGCGCGUCGCGUGGUCGAUUUCCACAAGCACGACGCCAAGAGCCCCCUCCAAAUCACCUUCUUCGGCGAACACAACCAUCCGCCGCCGCUUCAUCGCCCGCAACCCGCGCUACCCGCUCUACCCGCUCUACCCGCGCAACUCGCGCAACCCGCGCAACCCGCGCCACCUCCUACUGGUACCUCCUCCCUCGCCGCUGCUGCUGCCGCACAGGGAGUUUUCGCAGGCGCGACCGCCCCCAGAAGCAGCCGCCACUCCGCGGAUGGGCUCAGGCUCCGCCUGCCCGAUGACGUCAACGGCUCCGCGCUGGCAGGCGGACGCGCCGCGUCUGCUGGCGGAGGUGGAGGCGGAACGCAAGCUGCUGCUGCUGGUGGUGCUGCUGCUGCUGCGGGUGGGUUUUUGCCUGGAGGGGAAGAAGUCGGGGAUCAAGCGGGGCUGCCAUCAGGCCCGGGGGGAAGGCUGCCUUACAGUCUCGCCGAGCUUGAGGUUCUCGCAGUCGCUUUCCGCGCCGCUGCUGCUGCCGCUGCCGCUGCCACUGCCACUGCCGGCAAUACAAAUGCGCGAGGCGAGGGCUCGAGCGGCGAAACGGACGCUACUACCGCCACUGCCACUACUGCUGCCGCCAUUGGGAGCGCACUUUCGCAUGGCGUGGCAACAGGCGCUGCUGCCAGAGGCGUGAGGACAAGCGGUGGUGUCGCAAGCAGCAGCCGUGCUCAUCCCGGUCUUGGAGGUAGUAGCGGCAUGCCGACUGGUGCCGAGAGGGAGCAGCAGCUGCUGGAAACGCUCGUGAACUGGCUGACGUCACCCGUGGCGUCACCUGGCUCCGGUUCCGGCCCCGGCUCCGUCUCUCUCACCCCCCGCCCCUCCUCCGCGCCUUCCCCCCGGGAUCACCAUUUCCCCAUGCAGGUCGGCUCUCUGCUGUCGCCCGGAUCGGCCCUUGCUGCCGCCUACCCUCACUCUUCCUCCUACCCCUCGUACCCCUCGUCUGCUGCCUCCACGCCCACCAGCAUCUCAUCAGCCACUGGCUCGGUGCAGUUCUCUCAGCAGGCCAUGACGGCUGCAGGCAGCAGUAGCGGAGUAGCAUCGGCACUACCCUCCCCUGCUGCUGCUGGUGCUGUUGCCGCUGCGGCUGCCUUUGCUGGCGCGUCUGCGCAGAGCCAGCAGCAGCUGACGGCGGCGGUGAUUCUGGCGCACCUGCUGGCUGCACAGACGCUCCAGGGAGCCUCCCCAACGACGCCUAACCCCGUGCAUGAGGCACAUAAAGGAGUGCAUGAGGUACAUGGGGGGCCGCAUGAUGCUCAAGGGGGUUCGCAUGAGGCACAUGGGGUGGCACAGCGGCCUAUGAAUGAAGCACAAAAAGGGUUGCUCCACCUUCCGCCUGAAUCGCCUGGAGGAUUGCGUGGGCCACAUGGGGUUCCGCAACACCCUGGGAAUGCACUCCGAGGCUCCUUGUCCUCCCCUCCCCGCCCUGCCAUGUCGUGCCCUCCAGAGGGCCGACUUCCCCCCCCCCGCCCCUGUCCAUCCCCCGCCCUGCCUCCUCUCCUGCCGCUUAUCUCUCAGCCUCUGCUGCCAUCACCUCGCCACGUGGCACAAGUGUGAACUGCCAAGUCAGCACCUGGCCGCCAGCUCAGAGGCAGGAGAUUUCUGCACCGUGGAAUGCAGGACAGGGCUUUGAGUUUAGUGCUGAAAAUGGGGAUAUGCAGCUGUGGCAGGGGGCAGGGGAGGAGGUGGAGGUGGAGCAAGGAGGGAUGGCUUGGAAUAUGAUGGACCAAGAUUGUGAGGAUGCUGGGGAGCUGCAGCUGCAGCAGCUGCAGGAGCUGCAUCAACAGCUGCGGAGACUGGCAGAGCAGAAACAUGAGCAGGAGCAGCAGCAGCAGCAACAACACCAAGAGCGGUGGCAGCAGCAACAGCAGCAGCACCAGGAGCGGCAGCAAUGGAGGCGGCAGCAGUUGCUGCUGCAACACCUGGAGGCUCAGCUGGAGCAACGGGGGCAGGCAGACGCACCUGUGACGCCGUGCACUGACGACCCUGGAGCAGUGCUCACUCCCUCCUCCCUCACUGCAUCUGCGAUCUCCCCAGCGGCCUUGGCCCCUGCAGUGUCGUCUCCUGCUGCAUUGGCCUCUUCAGCAAUCUCCCCGGCCACCUUGACCCCCUCUGCCUUAACCCCCCCAUCCCAGCACUACCGCGAGCCGUCCUUCUCCGAGUUCCUGCGCCUCCCUGACAUGAGCGCCAUCCAUGCAAGCAGAGCAGCCAGGCUCUCAGGCCAUGCUCACAACAGUAGUGGCGGCACCAGUGGCCAGCUGCAGCAGCAGCAGCAGGACCAGCAGCAGCAGCAGCAGCGGCAGCGGCAGCUGCCUGCUUCCAGGAGCUCACAUCAUUCAUAUGGGCGUACGUUUAGUGCACCACAUCGACACCCGCAGCUGUUGCGUCCUGGAGAAACAGCCAUCAGACCCAGCAGCGGUGCCAGCAGCGGUGCCGCGCCGGCCCGCCCGCUUUCACCUCUUGCGCCCGCCCCCAGGCCAUUGUCGCAAUUGUCUCACCUAGGCACUUUUCACCCACCUUCCACCCACCAAAAGCCACAAGGAUUGGGGAAUAAGAGGCCGGGAGACACUGCAUCGCAUGAGCUGCUGCGGCCACCUCAGCGCAUGCCACGGUCCGUAACGGUGCCUGCUGCACCCGCAGCCUCGUCACCAGCAGCAGCAGCAGCAGCAGCGGCGGCGGCGGCGGCGGCAGCAGCAGCGGCAGCACUGCCACCGCUUACAUCACCUUCUGACAUGCACCCAGCACAGACGCAGCCAAGGAUGUUGAUUUCAGAGGAUGGCUCAGGCGCGCUUCAGGUGACGUCCCACUCCCUAUCAGCAGAUAAAGCAGAUUCCACCGUCGAGGCCCGCGAUUUUGGUCCUGGGAGUGGGACUUUUCAGCUCCCCGAGUCUGGUGGUGGAAAUGGUGCCAGUGCAAGCGCAGAAGCAGCCCUUUCUCAUCUUCAAAGGCAGCCGCAAGAGCAGGCUGGAGUUAGUGCUGGCCAUUUGUUUGCAUUCACCAAGGGUGCGACUUCAGCAGCAGGGGUAGGGGUGAGUAGGCAGCAGCGCACCGCCACACACGUGAGCCCUUUUUUGUCCGAGGAGGAUUUAAGGGAAGUGAGAGAGGCUGCUGGGACUGGGAUUGGUGGUUUGCUCAUGCAGAAACCAGGAGAAGGUCUUGCAGACCAUGGGCCAGCAGCAGCAGCAGCAUUGUCCAGCUUGUUGCAGCAGGGGGAUUUGAAAAGUCUUAUCGAGGCAUUGUCGCACGUGAAGGCGAGUGAUGAGCCAGGGCCAGGAGGCGAGGAAAGGGGCGUCAACUCUGCACAGUUCCCAAUAAGUAGGGUCAAUCCCAGUGCUGGGAAUGCCUUUGCACAAAUGAAAGGAAGCGGGAGGGACGGACAGUUGCCUACAGGCAGCUUUUUCUCUGGAAAUCAAGGUGGCUGUUACACUGCUGGUGCUGCAAUAGGUGGCGAGGGACUGGUUCGGUUCGCAUCUUUUGAUGUGGCAGGCGCGGUCCAGGACAGCAGUGAUUUGCUGCAGAAACAGAUUCAAGAGGCCAUGAAUCAACAAGAUAUGGAUGCCGCCCUGCUUGCUCUUGCGGGCUCUUCUGCUGCUGCAGAUUUUGCGGGCGACACUGCCAUGGGCGGGGAGGGUUCUAUCAGCUACAGCGGAAGCAAACAAGCUUCGCAUUCCCAGGCAAAUGGGCACAGUCAAAACUCAACAGGUCAAGGCCAUUCGCCUGGCAGUGGGAACGAUGACAAUGCACUGGCGAUGAUGGCACUGCUGAGAUCCAUGUCAGAAGCAGACGAUAUCGUGACACUAGAUGGGUGAUGAUGAUGGAGCCCAUCUUCGUCUGCUGCUGUGCUGACUCUGGAGUUUAGCAUGUGCGUCUGGCAGAUCAGAAGUUGUUUCCCUCCCUGUAUUUUAAAUUAAAAUACCUGUUGAGCCAUCUGCAAAAUGGUACAUUUUCAGUGGUGGAAAAUGUUGUAAAGCCAAUGG